CAUGCUAGCUCUGAAACUGCUCUUGUGGUGUGUUUGCUCCGGUCAGAAUGGCAGGGAUCAGGGUGUCCUGGUGCGUCAGAACUCAGAGCUGCUGCGAGCGUUGGAGGAGAUGGAGAAAUCAUGCAACGCUCUCAGAGACGAGAACAAGAUACUGAGGAAGAGCAGUUCUCCAGAGACCGAGGAGAAGGUGAAGAGGCUGAGGAAGAAGAACACGGAGCUCGCCGUCAUCGCCAGACGUCUGGAGGACAGAGCACGGAAACUACAGGAAGCCAACCUGAAAGUGGUGAAUACUCCGAUGCCGGUGAGAGCGGGCGCUGUGGAGCAGUACAAGCGAGCGUUUGCCCGUCAGAGAGCCAGAGACCUGGCGCAGCACGCAGACACACUGCUGUGUAAAGACAAGCAGAUCGCAGCACUGCAGCAGGAGUGCAGACAGCUGGAGACACGGCUGGGACAGGGGACGGGUCCUGUGGGCGUCAGUGAGUUUGAGCGUCUCCUGAAGGAGUCUCAGAAGGAGGUGCUGCGUCUGCAGAGACAGCUGUCUGUCACCUCCAGCAGAGACAGGAGCAGUGUGACAGGAGAAAACCCUUCAGAGAGACAGGACCGAGACGGCAGGGUUGUGUUUGAAGCCCCGCCCACAGUAGUAGAUGAGGCCCCUGUUAAAGGGGAGGAGACUCCUGCAGAGGGGGAGGAGUCAGAGACUCAAGUGAAGCCUGAACAGGGCACAGGCUCCACCCACCAGGAAGAGCGGACCACACAAGAGCGUCUUCAGUUACUGCUGUGUUCUUUUAAUGUGAUGCACAUAUCAAUGUUUCUGCAGGAAAGUGAGUUGGGCAAGAAGAGGAAAGAAUGUGAAGUUCUUGAGCAUGAGGUGCGGAAGAGACAGAAACGAUGUCUGGAUUUGGAGAACCAGCUAGUGGACGAGCGCAGCAGAAAUGAGCACUUAGUGGAGGAGGCAGAACUCCUCAGGAGAAAGGCUCAGCUGCUCGACCAGUCGCAGGCUGAAAAUGAGGAGCUGAAGGAACAGCUCUGUGUUUUGAACGCUCAGCGUAGUUCAGUUCUGGAGGAGAACCAGCGACUCCGUGCAAAGCUGGAGAACCUAGAGCAGGUCCUAAAGCACAUGCGAGAGGUCGCCGAGCGCAGGCAGCAGCUGGAACUGGAGCAUGAGCAGGCACUGGCUAUCCUCAAGUUCAAACAGGAUGAGAUCAAGCGACUCCAGCGGGCUCAGUUAUUUGCUAAAAGAGAACAUGAAGGUGUCGUGCAAAUGCUGGAGGAUCUGGUGCAGCUUGUAUUGCACAGAGAGCUGGCAAAAGUUCGGGAGCUGGAGGAGAAAUGCCGCAGUCAGAGCGAGCAGUUUGGGAUGCUAUCACAGGAAUUGGAUAAAUUCAGGGUCCAGGCCUCAAAGAUCGACCUGUCUGGCCCCGACCUGCUGUCCAGCCCCAGCCUGACCCAGCUGACCAAUGGGGUCGGCCUGCCCGGUGAGACAGGCACAAAUGCCUCAUGGGAAGACAUCGCGUUCUGGAGUUUGGAGGGUAAUGAAGCCCUCUGUGAUGCCUCUGAGUCUGAUGUGGCUGCGGUUUUGCGGAUGGGCUCCACGCCACACGCGGCUGAACUGUCACGUCCCGAACGCUCACCAACCGUCAAACACAGAGAGCUGCCCACCAUCAGCGUGUCCAUCAGGUCCGGCUCCACGUCCAGCCCUACACCCCCCAGAUCUGAGACCACUCACCUCUCACCCAAAUCAGCUGGAUCUCACCCGGCCAGCCCCCAAAAGACCAGCCCUACACAUGAGGUGGACACUGCUAGUGAAGUUGAGGAGUUGGACAUCGACGUUUCUCCGGCGCCGUAUUCGGUAACUAAAGGAGCAGCAAAACUCCAGGUCUUCAUCGCACGUUACAGUUACAAUCCAUAUGAGGGUCCUAAUGAUAACCCAGAGGUCGAGCUGCCCCUCACAGCAGGGGAGUACAUAUACGUCUAUGGAGACAUGGAUGAUGACGGCUUCUAUGAGGGAGAGCUGAUGGAUGGCAGAAGAGGCCUCGUUCCCUCUAACUUUGUGGAGCGUGUGUCAGAUGACGACUUCAUGAGCUCACACCAUAACCAGGCAGGCGAUAUUUCCCAUAAUUCCUUCCAGGAGAGUAGCUUCCACAGCGGCAGCGAGCGACUGCACCGACACCACUUACGUUUUGCCCACAGCGCCUCCGAGAGGACAGAGACCUCCACAACAGCCUCGGCUCCUGGUGACAAUGCCAAAGGGAACCCCUCUAACCCUGCCCUGGUCGCCCCGCUCACUAACGGCUUGGACUUGGAUCUAGAAGAGGUUGGGGUGGACACUGUGCCUUACCCCCGCAAGCUAACGCUAAUCAAGCAGUUAGCCAAGAGUAUCAUCAUUGGCUGGGACUCUCCGCUGGUCCCGGUUGGCUGGGGUUCUGUGUUUAGCUAUAACAUCUACGUGGACCACGAGUUGCGGCUCAAUGUGCCAUUUGGUAGCCAAACGAAGGCCGUUCUGGAGAGGCUAGAUUUGGCGCAGAAGGCAUAUCGGAUUGCGGUGCAGUGCCUGACGGAGCGAGGCAACUCGGAUCAGCUGCGUUGCACUAUACUAGUCGGACGGGACGUGUGCGUGGCGCCGACUCACCUGCGCGUUGAACGCGUAACGGCUACCUCAGCCAGUCUAACCUGGCUGCCUAGCAACAGUAACUAUGUGCACAUUGUGUCUUUGAACGAUGAGGAGUGCGAGCUGGUAAAGGCAGGAUGCUAUUCACUGUGCCUCAGUAACCUCACACCCAAAAUGCAUUACAACAUUAAAGUGGAAGCUAGGCCGCACCGCACAGCAUGGGAACUACCACAGGAGUGCCGAGAACGCAAAACCGCAGUGACCUCUUUCACAACCCUGACCGCAGGUCCUCCUGAUGCUCCUCUGGAUGUGCAGUUGGAUCAGGGCCCAUCUCCGGGAAUAGCUCAGAUCAGUUGGCUGCCUGUUACUAUAGAUGCCGCUGGGACGUCCAAUGGUGUUCGAGUCACUGGCUACACCAUCUAUGCUGACAAGAAGAAGGUAUUGGAGGUGUCGUCACCCACAGCAGGCAGCGCUCUGAUUGGUCCAUCUCAGAUCCAGACAUUACAGGCGGCUCAUGAGCUCACCGUACGGACCAUGUCAGCUUUUGGUGAGUCGGUGGACUCCUUGCCGGUGAAUGUGCCCACCAAAUUGCCUGCCAUCAUGUCCGGUGUCUCACUCCCUCAAUGCCAGUCUGUGCCAGCCACCGCCAGUGUCCUCAUGGCCAGUGCCAACCCAGAUCCCGCUGUCUGUGCCACAUCUCUCUCUGCUGCCAAAACGCCCAUUCUGCCACACGCUGCUACACUGGACGAGCAUACCACUGGUCCUGUUCGGGGAGUCUAUGUCAAUCCACCCAAUGCAGGCGCUCGUGAGGUCCCUUCGUCUACUGCAUCUUAUGUAGAAGCCUGGGCAUACCCAACAUCAGCUGCACCUCUGACGGUUGCAAUGCCCGGACAGGAGGCACUGCCACUAUAUGCUUCACGUACUAACUCAAUGGUGAGUUUAUCUGCACCCCUGGUUACACCUGCACCCAUGGUCAUGUCUGUUGCUACACCAACGCCCAUGGCCGUACCUGCUCCCUUGACCACACCAGUGUCCAUGACCAUGCCAGGUCCUGUGGCACCUGUCGCCAUGCCUGUGCCCAUACCUGCACCUGUUGUUGUACCUGCAUCAGUGCCAGUGCAGUCCAGUGUGGCUCCUGCUGUGCAGAACCCAGGCAGAGAGACCGAAAGCCCAGGAAGUCAGCGUCCUGUUGCCUCUCUCUCCGACUUCUUGGAGGACCCCCGUGCCAAACUUCACACACCACCAUCCAAUACUACCUCCCCAAAAGUGAACAUUCCAGGAAAGGACCCUCUCGAUGUUCCAGAUACGCACCCACUGAGGCUUCCCAAUCCAUCACCCUUUGAGUCAGAGGCCGAGGAGGACAGGGAAAACACCAGGCUUGUGUCCAUAGAGGAGUUCCUGCGGCCUGUACCUCAACCUCGAAUAAAGGUCUAUGCUGGUGGUCUUAUGGACCCUCCCCCAGAUUACCACAGGGAGAGCAGUCGGUCUGAUUUGUCUGAUAUACUGGAGGAAGAGGAGGAAGAUGUGCACUCGGAGCCUAUUGGUGACGUUCCCUCCAGAGGUUACAGUACAGCUCCAGCAGGCAGGUUUCCUACUCUGGUAACUCCCAAUGCUCCUCUAAAACAACCCCAGUCUGAAAUGUGGGAAACUGACAGUGAUGAAGACAUUUUAGAGAGGAUUAUAAAGCUCCCUCCUCAAGCCUACCACAACAAGCAGCUCUUCAGCAUUCCAGAAGUUACAGAAGAGGAAGACAACACUGAAUCGGAAUCCCACUCUAGAUCUUCCCCAGGCCGGACUGCUUCUGGCAAGAGCCGUCAGUGUGGACACGAGAGUCGACGACAUUCUCCAAACAAUCGUAGACAUAAAAUGGAAUCUGAUUCGCCCGUAGAGAGGUGCAAAGGGACUGCACAAGUCAGGACUAGACCCAGAGUGCAUUACGCUGACACCGUGGACACCAUCAGCUAUAUGGAUGAGGAAGAGGAAGAGGAGGAAGAGGACUCUGACAGUAGUCUGUAUGCUGGGCCUAGUUCUGUUAGUGUGGCUGCACGCCGCAAACCACACAAAGGCCAUGGCGACCGACUCAGGAGAGAAGCCUUGCUCCGUAGCCAGAUGACUUCAGGAACAGUGCAGGGACCGUAUUUACUUAGCAAGACCAUACACCGUGUGAAGUCGCCCACUGGACGCUCAACAGAGAUUGACGUAGAGUAUGGAACCGAUAAUGACGAGGAGCAUCAGCUGUUUGAUCCUGGAGAAGUGGUGUUAGACCAAAUGAGCUCGGAGUGGUGGGUGGAAGGCAGUAACAAUGAGUACCAGCACUUGCCCCUGAAAUGCAGACCCCAGCCAGAGCUGCUUCCAAGCAGCCGCUCAUGGGAGGCAGGUGGAAGAGAAGCAUCGUUGGCAGAUCCAGGUGCAAUGUGGUGCGAUGUCACUCCAAAAUCGCCACGCUCUGAAAUUAGACUGCACAGAGAGCCCAGAACAUCUGGAGAAGAUGAGGUGAGAGUGUUUGUUGCCCUCUUCCCGUAUGAUCCUGCAUUCAUGUCCCCCAAUCCUGACGCUGCUGAAGAGGAGCUUCCCUUUAAAGAGGGCCAGAUUAUCAAGGUUUAUGGGGACAAAGAUGCAGAUGGUUUCUACCGAGGCGAGGUGGGUGGCCGUCGUGGCUUAGUGCCGUGUAACAUGGUUUCAGAGAUCCAGGUUGAUGAUGAGGAGACCAGAGACCAGCUCCUGAAGCAAGGCUUCCUCUCCACCGAGGCGUCGAUAGAGAAGAUAGACGCCCGCUUACAUGCACAGCUUCCACACCGUCCCACUGCGCCGCCGAAACCUAGACGCUCCAAGAAAGUGGAGUCGGCUGCGGUGUUGGACGACACGUCUGCUGUCGACUGCUCAAGUCAAGACCUCAGUCGCUCCGGCCCGAUGGGGAGCUCCAGACCUCGCAGGAUGGUGGCCAUCUUUGAUUACGACCCGAGAGAGAGCUCUCCUAAUGCAGACAUAGAGGCUGAACUGACCUUCAGCGCAGGCGACGUCAUCUAUGUGCUCGGUGACAUGGACGACGACGGCUUCUACUAUGUGAACCAGGGGGAUCUGAAUGGACACAAAGGCCUCGUGCCGUCCAACUUCCUGCAAGCUUUUCCAGAGACAGAAGAGGACGCUGUGCGGAUGGAGCACACGGAGACAGAGAAGCGCAGGGAUUCACAGGUGAGCCAGACAGAGUCGUCUGAGCAUCUUGUUUCCGUAUGCUCCUCUCAGCUAGACCUGAAUCCACCAGCUCAGCCAGAACUCAAUCCUGAGCAGAAACCGACCCUGAGCUCAUCUCUGCCCGCCUCCCUGUCCGAGAAAAAGAAGAAAGGCUUCUUCUCCAAGGGCAGGAAGCUCUUCAGAAAGCUGGGCUCCAGCAAGAAGGAGUAGCUGUGAGCCUGAAGAUCUACAGAUUGCACUUUUUCUCGUAUGUGGUGUCAGUUUGAGUGUGUGUCCGACUCCGGCCAGUAGGAGAAUCGUUCUCAUUCUCUGAUGUUUGCCAUAAUAACGCAGAUUUACCAGCGCUUUCAUGUGUCAGACUGUUUCUUACUUUCAAAUAUAAUCGCAAUGCUUGUGCAAACCGGGAAAUGGGUUUAAACCCAUUAAAUGCCUGUUGAAAAGCUAUAAAAAUACUCAUUUAAAGAGUAAAAAGAUAGCGAUAUAUUCUAAAUAAACACUUUACUUCAAUAUAACCGCAUUUAGACAUGAACUAAUCAUCUGCUAGUGUUCACAAACAUCAUCCACACUAAA